AACUUGUCAGAAAUGUCCAGAUCAACUAGCCCAUGUCAGCUAAGGUUUUUUAGCACAUAUUUUGUUGUAAUUAGAAAUGUCAAAGAGUAUAGAGCUGCAAGAAAAUUACCUUUAAAAUGGCAUCAUUUUCUCUGCACCCCAUGACAAAAUGUGUAGAAUUGCAGGAAAUAAGCUUUAAAACCUGCAACAUUUUCUCUCUGCCAACAAGAUGGGUGUGGACAGUUUGUCAUGAACAGUGCUUGUGCCCAUAGAAAUAGACGUGGGGCGCAGGAUGUUCCCCAAUGCUGGAAGCGGGGCCUGAUUGAAAAGGUUUGGGAACCUACAGUUUGGGAACCUACAGCUUACAUGAUGUCAGUAAAACAGCAAGAAUGGUGUCCCAUUAUGUGAUCACUAUGACAGCUGUCACCUAUGACCUUUCGCACAUUUAAAAAGCUUCCAUCUAAACAACCCCCGACCCACAUUGCCCGGGAGAAGGGUGUUUCACCCCACCCUUCCUGGAAAAACCAGACAAGUCUGUGUUUGUCUGGUGGUAAAGUCAAACCAAACAGUAAAUACACCGGACAUAAGCAUCACCAAAAUACAUUUAGCAUGGAGGACUCAGGUCGGGGAGCCAGCUACACAGUACCCUGUGACGACUACGUCCAUGUGGUGGAGUUCAGCCCCUUUGACAGUGGCUCAGCUGCGUCCCUCCUGGCCUAUGGAGGAAACCAGUAUGUGGUGGUCGGUACCUGCCGCUUCCAGGAGGAGGACAUGGAGGUAGAGGGGGUUGAAUUCACCACACUGCGUGUUUUCCAUCAUGCGUUACGUGUGGAUUGCCUUGCAUGGAGCCCUGAGUCUCGGCUGGACAAGCUGCCCCAACUCAUCAGAUUUUGCACUGCAGCAGCAGACAGAAAAGUGAGGCUGUUGACUUCUGAUCUUCAGAAUAAACAUGAAGUCAAGGUGAUGGAGGGUCACACCAGCUACAUCAACCACUUAGUGUUCGAACCCACAGAGGGGGAACAAAUCGCUUCGGUCAGCGACGACCAUACAUGCAGGGUGUGGGACCUGGAGGGCAAUGAAACCACUACAUUCAGACUACGCUCCCCUGGCGUCAGUGUGUGCUGGCAUCCUGAAGAUGUCUUCAAGCUGAUGGUUGCCGAGAAGAAGGGGACGAUCCGCUUCUAUGACCUGGUUACCCAGCAGGCCAUUCUUUCUCUGGAUUGUGGCCAGUCGCCGCUCAUGUCGGCCGACUGGUGUCUCACCAACACCAUCAAGGUGGGCGCGGUGACGGGCAGCGACUGGGUCAUCUGGGAUAUCACCCGCUCCAGUUACCCACAAGAGAAGAGGCCUGCCCAUGUAGAACGAGCAGGAAACUUCAGGUGGUCUCGGGCCAAUGAGAAUCUCUUCUCCACAACAGGAUGUCCAGGCAAGAUCAGCAGUCAGUUACUAGUGCAUCACUUGGGUCACCCGCAGCCCGUGAUGAUCGGAUCAGCCACGGUGGGGGCGGGUCUAAGCUGGCACAGGUCCCUCCCACUCUGUGUCAUUGGCGGUGACCGAAAGCUCUCUUUUUGGAUGACAGAAAUGUAAUGUAGUCACUCCCUAUGGACGUAUGGGAGGCGAUGCAACUGUAAAUUGAAACUGUUUGACCGGAGGUGUGGUCGGAUAUUUCUAUUUUCAUAAUUUUUCAAUAAAGUAUUUCAUUUUCCA